GCGAGACUGCAGACACAGUGGAAAAAAUAUCGCUAUCUCGUUCAAUCACCCACGAUCUCGCGAGCUCUCCGUCUUCACUGCUUUCAGUGUUAUGUUGAUACUAAUCGCUAUGGACUGUGUUGAGUUAGCCGAACACCACUUAUAAAUGAUGGACUGACCUUCAUAAAGCAGGAUUCAGUGUGUGUCUCCGGGACUUGCUACAGAGAGGAUGUUCCCCAGCCUGGCCCAUAGACCAUGGAAAGUCCUCUGCCAGGUCUACCUGCAACACCGAGCCCCUCUGUCUCAGAGACCAUUCAAAAUAGCAAAGCCAUGUUUUGGUUGGCAAAGUGGAGGGGGGGUUCACAAACUCUGGUUCAGCUUCCCUGAUUCCAGAGCCGCUUCCUUAACGUGGACACAGGUCCAGAACUGUUCAACAUCAAGCAGUGGUAAAGAUGGAUCUCCAGCAGGCCCUGUAGAGCCAAAACCCACUGAGAAUGCACAAGCUGCACAGCCCUCUGCAAAAAUAGCUGGUGCUAAAGUUAGCUCUGAUUCCAAACCUCAAGGUCUGAUGAAAGCAGAGGGUAUUCAAGUGAAAGUACGGGCUGUCCUGAAAAAAAGGGAAUAUGGCGUCAAAUACACCCAGAAUAAUUUCAUCACCGCAGUUAGAGCUAUGAAUGAGUUCUGCCUCAAACCCAGUGACCUUGAGCAGCUUAGGAAAAUCCGUCGACGUAGUCCCCAUGAUGACACAGAAGCCUUUACCGUCUUCCUGCGAUCAGAUGUGGAGGCAAAAGCGCUGGAUGUAUGGGGAAGUCAAGAGGCACUCACUCGAGAGAGGAAUCUCAGGAAAGCGGUGGAAAAGGAGUACCAAGAAAACACAUUUAGAAAUCAGCAGCUGUUGAAAGAGUACAAAGACUUCCGGGGAAACACAAAGCCUCGGUCUAGGACGAGAGCAACAUUUCUAGAAGGACCGGGCAAAGUGGUGAUGGUAGCAAUAUGCAUAAAUGGCCUGAAUUUUUUCUUCAAGCUGUUGGCGUGGGUUUAUACGGGAUCUGCCAGUAUGUUUUCAGAAGCCAUCCACUCGCUGGCUGAUACCUGCAAUCAGGCUCUUCUUGCACUAGGCAUCAGUCAGUCUGCCCGGAACCCAGAUGCCAUCCAUCCGUACGGCUUCUCCAACAUGCGUUACAUCGCCUCUCUCAUCAGCGGAGUGGGCAUCUUCAUGAUGGGUGCUGGCUUGUCCUGGUAUCAUGGCAUUAUGGGACUCCUGCACCCUCAGCAAAUGGAAUCACUGCUCUGGGCAUACUGUAUUUUAGCAGGGUCUCUGGUAUCUGAAGGAGCUACACUAUUAGUGGCUAUUAAUGAGAUUAAGAAGAGUGCACGUAAACAAGGCGUGUCCUUUUAUGAGUACGUGAUGCAAAGUCGAGACCCCAGCACUAACGUGGUCCUGUUGGAGGACGCUGCUGCUGUGCUCGGAGUGGUGCUGGCAGCUGGAUGUAUGGGACUUACAUCUCUUACAGGUAACCCCUACUAUGACAGUCUCGGUUCUCUGGGCGUGGGCACCCUGUUAGGAACAGUGUCUGCGUUCCUCAUUUACACUAACACAGAGGCUCUGCUGGGCCGCUCCAUCCAGGCCGAGCAUGUGCAGAAGCUCACAGAGUUAUUGGAAAACGACCCUGCUGUCAGGGCGAUUCAUGAUGUCAAAGCCACAGAUUUGGGGCUGAGCAAAGUGCGCUUCAAGGCGGAGGUGGACUUUGAUGGGCGGGUGGUGACACGCUCAUACCUGGAGAAGCAAGAUAUUGAACAGAUCCUCAAUGAAAUUCAGCAGGUGAAGACACCAGAGGAGCUGGAGAACUUUAUGCUGAAGCAUGGGGAGAACAUUAUUGACACCUUAGGAGCAGAGGUGGACCGUCUGGAGAAGGAACUUAAGCAACGUAAUCCUGAGGUGCGGCAUGUGGACCUGGAGAUUUUAUAAUGGAUGGAUGAAGUGGAAGGAGAACUAAUCAAAUCUUGAGUGACCUCCCGUCCCGUUCUUUCCAAACACCCAAUCAGCUGAAGUCUUAAGUUACACCUAUCCCACAUCACCAAAGCACUAACCGGUACAUGGUUUCGGUAGCUUGUUAAGAUAGCAAAACCUUAGCCAAUACAAAGAGAACUCCAACUGGAUGGAGACAUGGCCAAUAAAGAUUAUUUUACAGUCAUUGGACUACAGUUCUAGAUGGAAGUUUGUACCAUCAGAGCCUUAAAAUCAUGUCCAUGAAUUAUAAAAGGACCACUGUCUUAUUUCAUUUUACUCUUUGCAAGCAAAGCAGCAUAAACACUCAUAUUUCACAAGAGUUCUCGCAUGACACCAAACUAUUGGUGAACAGGAUAUCUCUAGAAAUAGUUCACAUGAAGGGAAACAGAACUAUUUCCAUUCUGCUAUGUAAAACCACAGGUUUAAAUUAUAUGUAAAAAAUAUUUCCCAUGUUACUCUAUUGCUUUCCGGAUUCACAGAGAUGAUGGCGUGUUCAAGCGAUGCCAUUAUCAUUAAAUGAAAUGAGCCGAUUUGUUGAAUGUUUAUGAGUAAGUUACAAAAAGAAUAAACAGUAAUUGUAAUCUACUGCAAAAAAAAAAAAAAAAUCCAGUUUAAAUUGAUGUUUUAAAAACUUUAGUUUCUUUUGAAAUUUCCAUUUAUUUAAAAAAGAUUAAAAUAGUACUAAUAACAGAUUUUUUAAAAAAAAAAGUGUAUUCUAAGCUAUAUUGAUAUAUUAUAUCCACAUUUAAAAGUAAUGAGAGAACUAUAGAAUCAAAUUGGUAUCCAUCGCCCAUGUCUGAUGAGGACUGCUCAGAUCUUCACAUCCUUCCUACGCUAACAGUACUAAUGUCCUUAUGCUGCUUUUGGGACACUGUUUAAGCUGUAAUUUUGUGAGAAUGAAUGAAGAAAAAGACAGAUUCGUGUUUCUAAAGUCACUAAAAAAACAUUCUAGGUUGGCAUUGUUGAUUUGCCACCCAGUUUGUGAACACUAGGCCAUGUGUUUCGUUGUAAAUAAUUCCUGACUGUGAGAAUAAAACACUCCGGUUUUGAUAUCUGAAAAAGAAGCAUCCAGCCCAUUAAAAUAGCCUCAUUACACAUGCAAACAGUACAUUUUGUGGUAGUUAUGCGCUCUCUUGUGCUGAAGUCUAACCUGUGUAAGGUUUUUAAACAUUGUAAUGUGAUCAGAGCUUCAUCUCCCUCUAGGCACAGUCAGACAUUUCUAUAUCUAAUGCAGGUUGAAUGAACACAUUCAAGGUUAAAAAGUUGAAAUUUGUUUUGGAAAAGGCUUUAAGACUAUAUAUAUUUUAAAUAUGUUUGACUGUGUCAGAUUGCUAUUUGGUUAGAUCUUUGAGCUGUUUGGAGCUACUGAAGAAAAUUUGAUUAAUAAAUUGCAAUUAAUUUAUUAAA